AUGGCGCGCACUGCACAAAUAACAAAGGCCAGACGUGCCCGCCGUGACAACAACAAUGCACGCAAUCAAAAGGAGAGCGAUGCAGAAUACAUGGCCCUCAAGAGAGAAGCAGAGCGACGAGAGCGUAUCCUUUCCGACCAGCGCCGAACUGCCUCCAAGUGGCGACCCAAGAUUCCUGAAGUCCGAAAGGUCAACUUUGACAACUUCAAGAACAGAUACCAGGACAUCGACCAACCCGACUAUGCUGUCGAUGUUCUCAUGUCGGGGUCUGGUACCCAGGCUCAGAUUCGUCGCGAGCAUGGUCUUCGAAGACGUGAGGAGAUGGCCCGUCUCCGUAUGAACUGGCUCAACUACCCUAGCCUUGGACUCCUCGAGGGUCCUCAGAAGAAGAAGACCGAUGCAUACGAGAGGGCCAAGCGCGAGAAGAAGGGCGAUGCUGUCCCUGCUUCUGAUGCCGACAUCCAGCGUAUCCGUAUCCAGUCACAGCCUAUCCUCGGUCACUUGACCGCUCUCAUGAACGACACAGAGAAGCGAUCUGCUCCUCGAACCUUUAUGCGCCCCUUCAAGGCCCUCGUUCACUUCCAGCCCAAGAUGAAGGAGAUCCUCAACACCCUUGAGGACAAGUGGGCCGACUUUGAGGAUCUUGCGAGCGAAAGCUCCGAGGCGGUCGAGCUUGAUGUCCCCGAGGUCGAGCCUGAGGUGAUUGACGUCAAGGACAUCAAGGCCGACGGAGCUGAGGGCGAUGCGGAUGACAAGGAUGAGACAGAGUCUCUCCUAUCUGUUGACUCCAACGAGGAUGAGGACUACGACAAUCUCAUGGACAGCCCCGAGGCACUCCGCGACAUGCGCUGCUACGUCGACUUCAUUGACAAGGAAGUCCUUCCUCUCUACAACCGCUUCGAUGACUCAACCGUCGACCGUGUCAAGUUUGACGAUCUCUGGGCCCUCUUCCGCAACGGCGAUCUCAUCUACAUGCCUGCCUCUGGCGAGACCGGCGGUCGAUACCACGAGGUAUGGCGCGUGUACAGGACCCGCAGCCCAGAGCCCGAGACCUCUUAUCCCACAUCUGGUUGGGACUUCUUCGCCGAUGAGCAGCAGAUCGAUGAGAACUCCAAGUUCAAGAUCUCUGCUUACUACAUCGAUCACGACGGAAACAACUUUGGCGCCGUGCGCCGCACCUUUGAGAUUGAGUCCUUCGUUGGAGAGCGAUCUAUCGAGUCCCUCGAGAUCUUCCCCAUCCGCUACCGACAUGACCACAAGCAACUACUUCAGACUCUGAAGGACCAAGGCCGACAGUUUGUGAACUACAUCGAUGACCGCCACCAGCAGUACAGUGCAUGGACACUGACCAGGAACCCUCCUUCCCAGGGCACCGACCCCGAGAAUGAGAUCCUAGACAACGAAAGUUAUGAGAAGAUGCGCCAUCCUGAGUUUGUGGAGAGUGAUGUUAUUGUUGAUCUCACAGAGGCGUAUCAGAAGAUGCCAGACUGGCGACCUCGCUUCCACAGACUCACCAUCAACAAGUCUUCUCGAUGCGAGAUCAAGGAUGACGAGAUGCCCAUCCAGCACUGGUUCAACGGCACACGCCACACCAUGGCUUACUCGCAGAACGAGAUCAUCCAGAACGCCGAUGGCGUCGAGGCCCGACAGCGCAGGGACAACCUCGCUGUCGACGCUUUCCUUCGAGCUCGUGUUAAGGGAAGCCGAACCUUUGAGACCAACCCCAAGGCUCUUGAGCUCCGCGACGAGGACCUCAUCCUUCUCCCCAAGCGUAUGUUUGCAUACGCCCUGCGCGAGCGUCGCUUCCUGCCCAUCGACCUCAACCUUCUCAAGCCCGUGCGACGUGAGCCCGGUGUCUUUGAGAACCUCCGCAUCCAGAGCGACUACAAGGAUGUUGUCCGCGGUCUGGUCAUGUCUCAUUUCCAGAGAAAGGUUCUUGAGCGCAAGUAUGCAGAUGUUGCCACUGAGGGGCCUAGCCAGGAUCUGAUCCAAGGAAAGGGCCGAGGUCUCGUGGUCCUUCUUCACGGUGUUCCUGGUGUUGGUAAGACUGCUACAGCAGAGGCUGUCGCCAUGGAGAACCGUAAGCCUCUGUUUGUCAUUACUUGCGGUGAUCUCGGUCUCACCCCUCAUGCCGUUGAGAGCGCUCUCAAGAACGUCUUCCGUCUUGCGCAUCUCUGGGACUGUGUCCUUCUGCUUGACGAGGCCGAUGUGUUCCUGACCCAGCGAUCCAAGCAGGACAUGAAGCGUAACGCUCUUGUCUCGGUCUUCCUCCGAGUUCUUGAGUACUACAACGGUCUUCUUUUCCUUACCACUAACCGAGUCGGCACCAUCGACGAGGCCUUCAAGUCUCGUAUCCAUCUGUCUCUCUACUACCCUCCUCUGGACAAGACCCAGACCCGCGACAUCUUCCGCCUCAACAUCGGUAAGCUCAAGCAGAUUGAGGCCGAGCGAAGCCGCAUGACAGGCGAGCCCGCGCUGGUGAUCAAGGAGAACGAGAUCAUCGAGUUUGCUUCCAAGCACUACGAGGAGCUUGCUAGGUCCACUGGCUGCUGGAACGGCCGACAGAUCCGAAGCGCUUUCCAGAUUGCUUCCAGUCUGGCGAUUCACAACUACGCGACGCAGACUGAGAUUGCCAUCUCUCGCGGUCAGAGCCCUGCUGCGGCACCUGUUCUGGACAGAACUUGGUUCGAGAAGGUGCAGAUGUCGACACAGAGCUUCGACAGGCACAUGAAGAAAGAGUCUGGCAGCUUUGACAACGACAUGCCUCUUCGAAGCACAUUCCAAGAGAGCAAUUUCGACUAA